GUGAGUAUAAAAGGGAGACAGGUAUAAACCAUUUUUUCAUAUACCCCUACCUAUCUACUUUUUGUACAUACAUUCUUCAGUAAAAACUUAUCACAAACAAUUUGUAACAAUAUUUUUCCUCAUACACAAAUAAAAUAUGAAUGUAACGUGUAACUAUUUUGAUUGCGUAUAAUAUGAAAUUAAACGCAUUAUUCUUAUAGCUUACUCUUCGCUUUGCUAUCGUGUGUGACAGGAAUUACAGUGUCUCGUUUAAGUUUCAACUGCCUCGGGGCAGUGACAGUAAGUAGUCCCUCUGAAGACAACGUAGAAACUACGUCCUCUUCUCGACAAUCAUCUGUGACUUUGGAAGAUAAUGUCCCGAGUAGCCGUAGUCACUGGGGCUAAUAAAGGCCUAGGUCUAGCCAUCGUGAAAGGUCUCUGUGAAAGAUUCGAUGGAGUUGUGUAUCUGACGUCCAGGGACGAGAAGAGAGGCCGAAAUGCCUGUGAAGAAUUGAAUCAACUCGGACUGAGACCCCUGUUCCACCAGCUAGAUGUCACAGAUGAAGCAAGUAUUACCAAAUUUCGGGAUUUUGUAAAAGAAAAGCAUGUAGGAAUUAAUAUUAUCGUCAACAAUGCGGGAAUAUUAUUUUUAAAAGAUGCGAACGAGCCGAAAUUAUACCAAGCUGAGCAGACCAUUCUUGUUAAUUUUACGUCAUUGGUGAAUUUUACUGAAGCAAUGUUACCAUUGUUGAAAGAUGGCGGGAAAAUCGUUAACAUUUCGAGUUCAUCUGGGCAUUUAUCGAGGAUACCUUCUAAAGAGAUUCGUAGGAGGGUCAGGUCACCGGAGUUGUCGUUGGAAGCUUUGAAGAGUUCGAUACAAGAAUAUUUGGAAGCUGUGAGGAAAAAUAAAGAGAUAGAGGAGGGCUGGGGUGAUUCGCCUUAUGUGGUGUCCAAAGUUGCGGUCAACGCGUACACAUUUCUGCUACAGCGCAAACUGGAAGCGCGAGGCAUCUUCGUAAACUGCGUGCAUCCCGGUUACGUGAAGUCAGAUAUGACGCGGGGCUCCGGCGACGUGUCCCCGGCGCGGGCGGCGGAGCACCCGCUGCGGCUGGCGCUGCAGGUCUCCUCUGGCGGCCUCUAUGUGUGGCGAGACGGGGCCCCAGUCCCGUGGGAUGGCCCCGACCCCAGGGGGUAUAAAGACGGGAAGGAUGUACCCCAAUAAAUGGUGUAAUAUAAUUUA